AUGUCUGGAAACUCCAACGUCGGCAACUCUGCUGUCUACCAGAACGAUGACCAGCGCACCGUGCCUGACUCUCAGAUUGAGCAGGAGAAGAAGGAGAACAGAUUCCACGAGGGCAAGGAGAACUCACACAAGGCCACUGAUUCCAAGGACGAGCGAUCAAUCGCCAACAAGCUCGAGCGUGAGAAGAAGCGCGAAAACGAGGAGGAGGACAAAGACAUCGAGACGGUCCGUCGUGAAAAGGACGCCACUCUGCCAGCCCGCGCUCACGGCAACGAGCCAUCCAAAGGCGCAAAGAUUGACCAAGAGCUGAGGGAAGAGGAGGAGGCCGAGCUCAAGAGGAAGGGCAAGGCUUAG